AUGUUGGAAUCAACCGUGAGGCAGCUUGCCGGAACCGACCGAGACGCCAAGACCGAUGCCUACAUGAUGCUCGUUCGCGCUCUGCAAGCUUCCAACAACUUGCCCGACAGAGUGGCCCUGCAAAGCAAAAUGGGUCUCUUUGUACAGUUUAUUCAGCGUGACAUUGUCGCCAAAACGCCUGCUGGCACUUCUGAUUCGCCUCUUGUCAGCAAGGCCCUCACUCUUCUCGACACUUUUCUCUUCUUCCCAGCGAUUGCUUCGACGAUACCCAGCGACUUUGGCAUUUUCAUUGUUGACCAUUGCAUCCGAUCAUUCGAAGACCCGGCGCUACCCAAGGAUCUGGCACGGCGCCUGAUGCACGUCAUGGCAAAGCAGGAUUUCCCCCUGAGGGUCAUGACGUCCGACCGCAUCAAGAGGCUGGUGAGCGCGCUUCACGCCAUGGAUGGCCCUUCAAGGGGCAAGAUGGUCGUUGUUUCCCGCCUCAGGAUCUACGCUCGGCUCAUGAUACAGACCAAAGCGUACAUGGCCGUGCAUACCGAGUGGCUCAACGAUGUCUUGACAGACAUGUUGAGCAGCGUUAAAGACGUCAGAAACUCAGCUAUCAAACUCGGGUUCGAAGCAUCCUUUGUGUUUGGGAGAGAAAAGCUUCUUCAGCGCAAGUUCAUGGACCUCCUUGAAAUGUCCAUCGAGGAGAUGACCUACAUCGAGUGGUACCACGCACAGCUUCAAGAAAUGAUCAAGGGUGAUAGCCAGGACAAGGCCGCCGUCCCCAAGAUAUGGAGUGUCAUUAUCCUUCUUCUUCAAUACCCCCUCAACAAGUGGCGUUACUUCAACCCCUCCCUAAUGAUUAUCCAGAAAUGCUUCAACGUCGCUGAGUCGAAUCGCGAGGCCAAUUACGCCUGGAAUCGCUAUGUCUACACGGCGCACCUCGACGAACCGACUUUCCACAAGGUCCUACCGACUCUCUUCAUGCCGCUCGCCAGCCAGCUGAGCAAAUCAACCGUCUCGCCGGUGAAGCGUGAGCUUGUCAUGGGUGGUUUGUGUAACCUCUACUACUACGCUUUCAAACCCAAUACAAACCCAGCCCACCUUGACGCCUACUGGGACGUGAGCGUCCAACCUCUCACAGAUGCCCUUGUUCCAUCGGCAAAUAUCCCUGACACGCUGGACCUCCAUCUUCAACGUGCGACAGCGAUCUUGAUUGGUUUGCUAGACUCCUCCACCUUGCGUAUCUGGCGGGAUGACCGUAUCAAGGACAGCCCGACAGCGAAGCCCGAAGAGCUGCCCGUGAUUGAUUCCAAAUGGGUCCGACGCAACGCCCCACGAGUCUUCAAGGUCAUCAGCCCGAUAAUGGACAAGCACUUUUGUCAACUAGCAGAUCGAACAAGCUCGAUCCACAAGCUCUGGCGAGCAUUGGUGGGCUCAGUCGCCUUUGCGGCAUCCAAAGAGAUCAAGGUUUCGACCGACACCGCUACAUUCGUCUCUGAGAUGUUCGGCCUGCUUCUGAAGCACUGGCAGACUGGCAUUUCAACAGAAGGAGACACGACUGAGACAGCGCGGCAAUUCAUUCGUGCUGUGCAGGAAAUGGUCCUGACGGCAGUCGAAUCCCUUGGCCUACUACCCUUUACCGAAAAGAUGAUCUCCCUGGGACGACUAAGCAGCUUUAUUCCCGUUGCCACCCCAUCUCAUCGGCCUGGGAAGAACCUCGGUGAUGUGCGUUCGCCACUACAGCAUCUUUUCGGACUGUUCUCAAGACUGCCACCAGGCAUCCCUGACGACGAAACCUACCUCGAAUUUCUGCGCGCUGUUUUCUCGCCCUUCUUUUCGACCACCAAGUCGGCCAAGGCUCGGUCUGAGCUCGCCACAGAGAUGCUGCAGGCUGUCCCCAUCUGGUCUCCUACCACAUCUUUCUACCCUUAUGGACCUUGGGUGCUCGCUUCGGAAAGCAUGAUCGCCGCAAUGAGUAUAUCACAAAGCAGCAUUCAGACAACCAGCUCGAGCGGCGAUGUCAUUCUUGGACACGAGUACCGAUCCAUUGCCAGGAUGCUUGAAAGGGGGUGGAAAGAGACACCUAAUCUGCCACUCAAUUACUGGAAUGAGUUGUAUACAGCCCUAGCUAACCGUGCGGUUGAAGAGGUUGGCGAGCCUGGCAAGGCCAUUGGUGUGAUCGAGCCAUUAGCCAAGAUGAUCAGGGAAACUCUUCCCGCUGAUUCGUCUAUGGCUUUGCCACCCAAUGCCUUCCGUGUUGCAACCGAGCUACUUUCUUCAGCAAACCAUCCUCAAGAUCGACAUGCUCUGGAGGCAGCACGGCGCCGCGUAUGGGGGACAGCUGUUACCGGGUCAAGAGGCCCAUCGUUCGACCCUUUCGACCAUCUUUAUCAGCUCGUUGACCAUCUUUUGCUGCACUUUUAUGCCCUCGGCAGUUUGGAAGGUCUCGCUGAGGUCGCCACGCCUUUCUUUGAGGAAAUCUCCGACUUUUUGCUCCGUUGCAACCCAGUCCUUGUCCUCCGCACAAUCACCAACCUGGAGAGCGGCAUCUCGGUGUGGAUUCAGGACCAGCAAGGUAUUUUGAGCAGCCGUCGUGAUGGGGCUCAAACCGAAGCUGUCAAAAAACUUUGGACUACGGUCUGCAGCACGAUACUCUCCGGGGAACAACCUCAACUUGAAUCUUUUGAGAUGCUGCUCUGCGCUGGCUUCGAGAGCAAACACCGCCAAAUCGUGAACACUGCCGCUGAAGCGUGGAACCGCGUUUUUGAGGCUGCUGGUGAUGUACAAUACCCGGAAAGGCUGAAGGCUGUGCUCCUCUCCUCCCAGUCAGUUCUCGACCUGGUUCUUCCCGGCCUCCAGAUUCCCAGCAUACCCUCCGAAUCCCACAACCGAUCUUUUGUCGACUCCCAAGUCGACGUGCCGGCAGCGAUUUCGUCGUCUUCGCGAUCGUCUCGCCGGGGCGUUCUGACUUCAUCAAAGUCUCGCCAGCUUGCGUCUUCGAGUCCAGCUAGGUUGAACCUGGCGGCAAAACAGCUAUCAAGCAGUACCCCGAAAAGGACACGAAGCAGUGCCCGAAGCACGCCGAAGUCCCGACUGAGGCACGACGACUCGCAGCUUCACUUCACACCCGUCGAAUCCUCGCCGCUCGCUGGGGCCCAGGAAUCCCAGAUUUUGACGGAACGACAGCAGGAGGUCAGAGAGAGGCAGAAGGAUGCUGCCGCCAUCUUCCCCGGCCUCAGGAGUAGUCCUCUGAAGCACGAGGCGGCGGCGGCCCAGCAGUCAUCGUCCAAGAAUGGGAAGUCGUUCCAUCCAGUGUCGCUUCAGAGGCAAGACUACCAACACACAAGGAAGGAAGUGGUGGUCAUUGACGAAGACGAGGCCGAAGAUGAUGACGACGAGCCCCAACCCCUGACCCGCUCGGCGAAGAAGGCGCUCGAGCGCCAAGCUGACGCGGAAAAGGACGGCUCCUUCAUCAUGAGCGAUGGCGACGAGAACAGCAUGCUGCGGCUCGUCGUUGAGCUGGACUCGCGCCGUUGCAAGCUGCCCAUCAACCGUCACCCGGCCGAGUUUCCGUCUAAGCACGAGGACGUUAAGGAGGUCUUGGACUGCAUCACGGUCGUCGCGCCCGAGGAUGGUGAAGACGAGGAAGACGAGGCGCAGGAGAAGCCCCGCCGCAAAUCAAAGUCCAAGUCCCGCUCGCCAGGUCGUUCGCAGAGCGUCGUGGAAAUGUCCGCGCCGUCCUCAGCGAGUGAAACCUGCAGCAAGAAGAAGAAGCGCAAGAGGUCCGCGGCCGCGAGGGAGGAAUCGACCAGCAAGAAGGCGAAGCCGAGCCAGGAGGGCCUCCGCAGCCGUCAGACGUCGGUCCUCACGGAUCGCUCGGCGGCCUCGUCGUUCUGCUCCGACAGCCACGCCGGCGACGCGGAAGGCCCGUCCUCGCCGGGACACCCCUCGACGCCUGCCAAGGAGACGCGCGCCCGCAAGGCCUCGGUCACGCCCCGGCGCCGCAGCCGCAGGAUCUCCAGCGACGAAAAGGACACGGACACGGAGCUCGAGUCGCAGCUCGCGGCCGAACAGAUUGCCGCCAGCCGCAGCCAGUCGCUCGCUGUCGAGGAGGCCGUUGCUCUCUCGACGUCGGUGUCGCGGGAGGCUUCGAUGGACCUCAGUCACGACGUCACGCCUCGCGCUUCGCAGUCCGUCGCUAUACCGACCGUCGAGGAGAACGAGGAGCAGGACAUGGACGAGAGUCAGAAGCCCACCAUGCUCGACUCGCUGUCCGGCGUACUGGCGCAGCUCAAGUCGGCCACGCUCUCGCGAGACGAGGUCUACAAGAUGGAGGACGUCCUCAUGGAUAUCAAGAGGGAACUCUUUGCCGCCGAGAAGAGGGGAAGGGCAUGA